AUGGAGGAUCGCAGCGGGCAAGUGCUGGCCGUCGCGGUCCUCUUCUUCGUGCUGUGCUGGAGCGUCGUCGGCCUGCGCAUAUACUGUCGAGGAUGGAUCAUACGCUCCUUUGGCGUCGACGACAAGUUGAUGAUUGGGCUCAUGCUCCUAUUCACUGUCUACCUGAUAAUGCAAAUACAAGGCGUCCGUUAUGGCACAGGGCGACACAGGGCAGAUCUUACGGAGGAAGCCAACCGUGAUGCCCUCAUGUACUGGUACAUUUGCGAACUCCUCUACAUAAUCUCGACCUGCCUCCUCAAAAUCUCCGUCGGCUACUUCCUCCUCCGCGUCUCCAUCCGCCGCUCCCACAUCUGGAUUCUGCGCGUGCUCAUGCUCGGCACCGUUCUCUUCGGCACGACCUAUUUCUUCAUGGUCACGUUCCAGUGCGUCCCCGUAAACACCUUCUGGGAGAAAUCCCCCCGCGUGCAGGGGAAGUGCUUCAACGACCGCGUCGUCGUCAUCAUGACCCUCACGGCCUCCAUCAUCAACUGCCUCGCCGAUUGGUCCUUCGGCAUCCUCCCGCUCUUCAUCGUCUGGUCCCUCUCCCUCCCCAAACGCACUCGCCUCCUCGCCUUCGCCAUCCUCUCCUUCGCAGCCAUCGGCUCCGCCGCCACCGUCGUAAGGUCCGUCUACAUCCCCACCCUCCUCAACGGCGACGACUUCCUCUGGGCGACCACCGACGUCGCCCUCUGGAGCACCGUCGAGCCCGGCAUCGGCAUCACCGCCGCCUCCCUCGCCACACUCCGCCCCCUCUGGCAGCUCGUGUGGUACCGUGCCGGCCUCAAGUCCCAGGCCCCCCGCGCCGUAGCUUGGCGUGAGCGUUUGCAGGGCAAGCCGUCCUACGUCCGCAGUGACGAAUCCGGCGGCCACGCACGACAGGCCCGCUUCCGCCUCUCGGAUGUAGAUGCACCCCUGGAAGAGAUUGAAGCCGGCAUCCAGGCCGAGAUCCAAGCUGAGUUCGACGCGGCCGAGCUUCCUCGUAUACACCACCCCGGCGACGACGCGGCAACAUCGACAGCCCCGUCAAGACGCAGCGGCCUGAGCAAAACGUUCGACUUAUCGUACCCCCGGAGACGCAGCGGCGAGGAGGACGGCGAAGGGCUCGUGACGCCCAGGGAAGACGGCGCGGGCGGGCACUACCUCGCCCCAACGCCGACCCGCGAGACGCACGAGGAACCUUCCGACUUCGAAGACGGCCUCCACCUCUCCCCCAUGGUCCCCUCCACCGCCCCGACCCUCAACUGGGUCUCACCGCGCAUGUCCGCCCUCUCGAUGGGCUUCACCCCGCCCGGCAACAACCCCAACGCCCGCGACUCGAUGCAGUCCUCAACAACUUGGGGCGGCUUCAACAACAACGACCCGCGCGCGAGCCGCAUCUCCAGCCUCACGACCGCAACAACCGGUGUCGCCGUCACAAACACCUACACCGGCCGCGACAGCGUCAGCCACAUCGACACGUACCGCGACAGCCGCACGACGGCGCGCAACAGCCGCUACGACCGGUACAGCCGCGCGACGCGCACCAGCAGCUAUCACAGCCGCUUCCUCGCGCCGCCGUCGCCGGGGGAUGUACCGCUGCCGAGCCCGCCGCCGCCCGUGUGGCAGGUCAACGUGCCCGGCGGCAUGGACUCGGCGCAGUGGCUGUCGAGCAGGAUGACGGAGCACCCUGGGAAUCCAGGCGGGCAGAUUUGA